AUGCCAAAGGGCUUGGAUGCAUAUCUGGACUCGUCAAAAUUGGAUAGAGAGAUUUCUACUUUGCUUGAAUGCAAAACCCUUUCGGAAAACGAGAUAAAACAGCUAUGUGAAUUAGCAAAAGAGAUUCUAGAAGAGGAACAAAACGUACAGCAAAUUGGUCUUCCGCUAACAGUUGUAGGUGAUAUACAUGGACAGUUCUUUGAUCUUAAAGAAAUAUUUAGGAUUGGAGGGGUUCCUCCCGAAACCAAUUUUUUGUUUCUUGGAGAUUAUGUUGACAGAGGAUACUAUUCAGUUGAAUCUGUAACUCUCAUUGUUGCUCUAAAAGUUAGGUAUAGAAAUAGAGUCUUUUUAAUCAGAGGUAACCACGAAAGCCGUCAAAUUACACAGGUUUAUGGAUUCUAUGAUGAAUGCCUUCGAAAAUAUGGAACUCCAAAUGUAUGGAGAUAUUUUACUGAUCUUUUUGAUUAUCUUCCAUUAUCAGCAUUGAUUGACAAUAAGAUCUUCUGUCCACAUGCUGGUUUGUCUCCAAGUCUUCCAAGUUUAGACUCCAUUAAGAGUUUAGACAGAAUUCAGGAGGUCCCUCAUGAGGGACCAAUGUGCGACCUUUUAUGGUCAGACCCUGAUGAGCGUUAUGGCUGGGGAAUUUCUCACAGAGGGGCAGGAUAUACUUUUGGAGAGGAUGUGAGUGAAAUGUUUAACCAUACAAAUAAUUUGCAACUCAUUUGUAGGGCCCACCAGUUAAUUCUGGAUGGUUAUCAAUGGUCCCAUAAUAAGAAUGUUGUAACCGUAUUCUCUGCUCCUAAUUAUUGUUACAGGUGCGAGAACCAAGCUGCUAUUUUAAGAAUCGAUGAUUUGGGAAACUUUACAUUUCUCCAAUUUGACCACGCACCUGAGAAAGUACUUCCGAGGCAGGAAAAUCAGCUUCCAGUUCCGGAUUAUUUUGUUUAA